CUCGGUGGAUUUGAAAGUAAACUCAAUUCUUGGCCGCUAUUAGCCAGUUUCAAGUUUGCCGGGCCACUACCAGUGCGGGGUCUAAGAUUUUUUGAAUUUUUAAUCUGUUUUUGCAGAUAAAAUAUUACACGAUGAUUAAAUUGGUAAUCCUCGUUGCGUCGUUCGCCGCCACUGCUUGGGGCUUCUCUGCCGGAGCUCCGUUAUCGGUGUGCGAUGACAUGUUGCCCAAGCACCCUGUGGAUCCGCAAAAAUCCACAAUGCCUUACAAAAUCACCAUUAAUAAGGAAGAAGUUGGACCUGGAGGAGAAGUCGAGAUCAAAGUUGGCGGAAAGUUCUUUUUAGGAGUAUUAUUGCAAGUUAGAAACGAAAAAAAUAAGGCUGUAGGAACAUUCCCCAUACCCGGAAACGACAAAUACUUCAAAGCCAUAGACUGCCACGGAAACAAAGGAAGCAGCGCUACUCACAAAAACAAGGAACCAAAGAAAGAUAUUACAUUCAUUUGGCAAGCUCCAAAAACUCCCGGAAAAUACACCGUCUACGCAACUGUUGCACAAGAUGGAGGAGUCUUCUGGGUAGCGAAACCAAGUGGAACCAUUAAAGUAGCAUAAGUUUAUAAGAUAUAAUAUAAUAUUUUUAUCAAUUUUGAUGGAUCUAACUGUAAAAUAUUUUAUAUGUGCUAAGUUGAAUAUUUUCUAAGAAAAUUAAUAAACGCACCUUGUGUAGAUUUAAGUCUUUUUC